UAUACAUUAAAGUGGGGUAAAUUCAGUAGUGACUACUAAAAUUUGAAGGGCAUUUCUUGGCUUUUUCGCUUUAGAUUAGCGUGAAAUGAAGGACACUGUACUUAGACUUAACUAAUAAUUAUUAAGAAUCGUAAUUAAUAAAAAAAAAAAGCAAAAAAGUUGACAGUAAUUCAAUAAGUUUAGAAUAUAUAACAAAAAUGAGCGAUUUAAAUUAUCAUAUUGUAUAUCGUCCGAACGGCAAUGCGGCAAAUAGUGAAAAAAAUGUAUCAAUAAAAGGAGAUAUUUAUGAUAGCGAUAAAAAAAAUAACGAUGAAUUAAAUAAAGAUGACUUUGUAUUCAUUUAUGAUGAUAAUAAGAAGCCUGUUAUUGUAUUACUAGGAUGGGCUGGUUGUCAAGAUAAAUAUUUAGCUAAAUAUAGUGCGAUUUAUGAGGAAAAAAGUUUUAUAACACUGAGAUGUACAGCCCCAGUUGAAUAUUUAUUUCUACGACACGAUAAAUUGCCGAGUAUUGGAAGAAAAUUGUUAAAUAUUAUAAAAGAACGUAACUUAGAUGAACAUCCUAUUAUUUUUCACAUAUUUAGUAAUGGCGGCGCUUAUCUUUAUCAACAUGUUAGUUUAGCUAUGGAUCAAAUAAAUAACAAUAUUAAGGUAAAAGGUGUAAUAUUUGACAGCGCACCUGGUGAACGGAGAAUAACAUCGUUAUUCAAAGCUCUGAGUGCAAUAAUGGGCGGUAAUCCGGUUAUUAAUAUACCAUUUUCAUUUGUUAUUACUGUAUUUUUAUCAAUACUUUGGAUAUGUGAAACAAUAAGUCAUGCACUGGGAUUAUCAAACUUACCAUCACCAUCUAAUCCCUAUACUUUAAUUAAUGAAUCAAAUAAGUGGCCACAACUUUUUCUCUACUCAAAUGCUGAUACGUUGAUACCCGCAGCAGACGUUGAAAAAUUUGCAUAUUAUCGUGCAAAACGUGGAGUCGAAGUCCAACUAGUACUAUUUACAGAUUCACCACAUGUUAAACAUUACGCAGUAUAUCGUGAUGUAUAUAUUGAUAUUGUUUGUAAUUUCAUCAAUGAUUGUUUAACUGAAAAAGUAAAUAAGGAUACUGACAAUGAUAAAGACAAUGAAGAAACUAAAAUAAGUAAUGAUUUUUUAAGUUUUGAGGAAUCAUUUAAUAAAAUAAGUAAACGAGUCAUUUUGCCUAUUACAGCAACGGUAAAUAAGUAAAUAAAUAAAUA